AUGGGAGAAGUAAAAUCGGACUUUCAUGCUGGACAUAUUCUGUUGAAGAAUAUGCGACUUAAUUCAGACAUAGUGGCACAGAUAGAUGGAGUAACAGGAGAGAAGGAAACUUUUGGAUCUGUGCUAAGCCGAUCCAUUAAAUUGGCAAGAUGUUUGAGAAAGAGUGGGUUCAAGCCGGGAGAUGUACUCGCGAUCAGUGGGGUCAAUCAUUUUGACAUACGCAUACCAUUCUUUAGUGCAUUAUUCAAUGGUUUACCCCUGGUGUGUAUUGAUCCUUAUUAUAAGCAUGACGAAAUAAAAUCAGUUUUGAAAUUAUCAUCACCGAAAGUGGUCUUUUGCGAUGAGGACUUUUACAAGACAUACUACACAGUUAUUAAGGAGUUAGGGUUAGACACAAAAAUCAUCACAUUUGGAGAAGAAGAACAUUCUAUGAAACAGUUCAUUGAAAUGUAUGAAGAUGAUGAACCAGAUGACAGUUUCAGGGUACUAGAAUUCGAUAUUAAUAAAAUAUACAGCUUUCUUAUAAGUACAAGUGGUACCACUGGGAACGUUAAAUUGGCCGCUUUCACACAUAAGUUAAUAGUCUCGAAAAUGGAGGAACUUAUGACGACUGGAAGACCCAAAGGAACAAAAGUUCUUAGUAUAUCACCCAUAAACUGGGUUUCCACUUAUUUUAUGACCAUAGCUGCUCCAAUGAUUGGUCAUACACUUGUACUAUCCUCAGUGCCUGACAAUCUUGAUGUUAUCAUUAAUAUAAUCAACAAAUAUAAGCCAGUUGUUUCUCUGUUUAGUCCAUCAUUAGCGACAUCAAUUUUGUCACGAAAAGAUGAAGUGGACAUGACAUGCUUUUUUUACAUUGCACUGGUUGGGUCAAAAGUUUAUCCCGAUCUAUUUGUUAAGUUCAAGUCAUUACUAAGGGAAGGUACUUUAUUGGUUGACGCCUAUGGUCAAACUGAGACGCUUGGGCCUGUCGUCAAAGGGCUGCCUGGAACACCUGUAGGGAGCUGUGGUCGGGCCUAUGACACUUAUAUCCUUAAGCUAAUAAACCCUGAUACAGGAGACGAAAUCACAAAACCAAAUAUACCUGGAGAAUUAAUAGUUAAAGGUCCAUCACUCUCUGAAUAUUACAAUGACCCUGAGGAAACUGCAAAAUUAUUUACAGAAGACGGGUUUUAUAGAACUGGAGAUCUUUUAUAUAAGGACGAGAAUGACUACUUCUACUUCGUGGAUCGUAUCAAAACAUUAAUCAAGUGUAGGAAUUACCAGAUCCUGCCAGUUGAAUUAGAAGAGGUGAUUCGUAAUCAUGAAGACGUAAGCGAUGUCUGUGUGGUUGGCAUUGAGGAUCGAGAGGACGGACAAAGGCCAGUCGCAUGCGUGGUUAGACGUAAAAACUGUGUCACUGCGCAGGAAAUCAAGCAGCUCGUCGCUGAAAAAUUAUCGAAACACAAGGCACUAAGCGGUGGUGUGAUAUUCUUGAAUGAAUUUCCAAUGACGUCUACAGGGAAGGUAGCAAGAAAAACGCUACUUGAUAUAGUGAAAAAUGCUAAAAGAGAGUAA